AGAAGACCAAAGCUUGCAUUCGCCUUUGUUUAUCUUCGAACGCCUGCGCCCACUUUUGACUCUGCUUCUUUAUUUUCUCACUCUCUCUCUCCUCUCACUCUCUCUCUCCUCUCUCACUCUCUCUCUUACUGGUUCUCAGCCAUUGAGAAGCUCUCUCUCUCUUCAUUUCUCAAACUCUAGCUCUCUUUCUGUUUCACUCUCUGUUGUAGAAGGGUUGAGGUAAGGGCGUGGUUUGACGGCUUUUCUACUGGUUAUUUUGGGGGAUUGGAGGACCUGCAUUUGACUUACUCUAGAAUUGAAGACUGGCUUGAGCCAAAUUUCUUGUCAUCUUGGAAGUCUAAUUAGUAAUUAGGAUAAGAACAGUAUGCCGUGGUUGACUCUCUCUGUUGAUGUACUCAGGAAAGGAGUAUCAUUGAACUUGUAUUGUAGGGUUAUCCUGUAAACUGACCUGCGCUUUCUCGUUCCUCUGUCACCUUCUUUUCUUCGAAUUCAUGGCUCCUGGGGCAUUUAAUCUUUUCACACUUAUUUUUUUCCGCAGGGUUAGCUAAAAAAUUUAGCCAAUUCAAGCUCACAAUUUCCUGCUCUCAUUUGUGUUUCACAAUAUUCUUCCUCCCAUUUCCUUGUGGUGUAAUCUCUUUAAACUUGGAAGGUUCUCUCGUUCUCUUUGCUUCCAUUUUAGUCUCUUUAAAAGUGUUGCACUCUGUUGUUGGUUGGCAAAUAUAAUUUGCUCAUUCCAACGUGCCUAUUCAAGGACUGAAUUCUUUUUGGCAUCCUUCUGAUCAUUGCGUUCAGUCUUCAACAUAUUUGGGAACUCAUUCCUUUGAAAAGGUCUACUCCUGUGUGUCUUUCUUGCAUUUGGCUCUUUCUCUACCACGCUAGGCUGGGUUAAAGAGUUUGUUUAAGGGUGAUCGAAGUAAUGGUGUGCCAAGCAGCCAGUCAAACGAGAUUCAGGGCAUUGAAAUAUGAAAAUGGGAUUGCGGGGAGUGCUGCCAUAAUCGUUAGAGUUAUUGCUUGCUUUCAACCUUUGCAGGAUUGCCAGGCUGAGUAUUUCCGUCAUUUGCUGAAGCCUGUAACGUAGACUAGCCGCUUCUCUUGUUUCAUUUUGUUACCUGAGCAAUAAAUUAUCUCAUUACGGAAUGGAGCAUGGUAACAGUUAAAGACUUCCUGGAAUCUGUAUUCACUGUGUUCAGAAUGGGGCAUAGUAAUAGUUAAAGACUUCCUGAAAUCUGUAUUCACUGUGUUUCUAAAAGAAGCUGUGAUAAGUUCUACUAUUUGGAGAUUGAGUUCUUAAAGGUGUCACAAUUGUCAUUUUUGUUGAAUGGGGAAGAACUAUAACUUUGAUUUUUGUGGGCAAUCUCCAAGGCCAUUACCUUUUAUGAAUUUAUCGAGCAUCCCAUCUUAUGGGUUGAAUCCUAGUAUUGAGCCAACCACUCAAGAAUACUUCCCAAGUGCGAGCAGCCCAGUUCCUGACUUUGCAGUUUCAGCAUCUCCUGAGCUGAAACUGAUUGAUUCAAGUGGACCAAGUUCAUGGUAUUAUUACUGCCAAAAUGGUAGUAACCCAUUCACUACGUUCACUUCUAAUCCAGUUGAAGAGGGAACGGUGUCUUUAUUCCCUCAUGAAUCUCGUUGUCUGGAUCAGAAACCAGAAGCUUCGUCAUCCAAUUUGGGUGCACCUAGCAGGCGGAGGAGCUUCAUAGUGUUUGAUCAAUGUGGAAGCAGGAGAAGCUUGUUUUUUGGGUCUAUCCCCUCUCAAUCCCAACUGCCUGAUUCUACAAGCCCCAAAGGAUUUGACAGUUCUUAUUUCCGGUGGGGUCCCAGUACUGGCCUUCCUAACCAGAAUUUACCGGCCAUUGUCGAGAGAGCUAAAGCUGCUCAAGGUGAUGAAUCUAAAGAAAUGAGUUCAGCUGGGCAGGUUAGUGAGAUGCAUGAGGACACUGAAGAGAUCGAAGCUCUGAUGAGCUCAGAUGAUGAGGAAGAAACCAGCACCGGACAUUCUCCAUUGGACAUGAGAGAAUUCGAGAAGGAUAAAGAUCACUACGAAGAAUAUGAAGAAGAAGAAGAAGAGGGAGAAGAGGUUGACAGUUAUGUUUCAAUUAAGAGAAGGAAAAUUGACAAAAUGUGUGGUGGUGUUGCAUUGGGAGCGCCACACCAUGUAUCAUUGAUGGAUUCUGCAAGUUCAGUGAAGGGCCAUGAGAAGUGGGGCUCUAAUACCGGCUUCAAUUCUACAAUGGGUCCUCAAUUUCAUGGCAAGACGGGUACAACUAGUGGGUCCCGAUGUGAGGAAGAAGCUAGGACUAAAAGAUCGAGGAGAGACAAGAUAAAGAAGACCGUGGGGAUCCUAAGGAAGAUAAUCCCUGGUGGUAAGGGCAAGGAUGCAGCCGUGGUCCUUGACGAUGCUAUCCGUUACCUCAGGUCCCUCAGGUUAAAAGUUAAAGUGGCGGAUGCUGCUAGCUAAGCUUGACCACUCAUUGUUGGAAAAAGUAUGUCUUGGGGGAUUUCAUAGGUCAUUUUCUGAUAGUUAGGGAAAGGUUUUUUUCUCUUGAUUUUAGCCGUUGGUUUUACUCGUCUUUGAUCAGUAGAUCAGCAGUUGGUCUUACCUAUCAUAACUGAUUAUUGAGAAUCUCUCUCUCUCUCUCUCUAUAUAUAUAUAUAUAUUUCGCGUUUCAGCGGGUGUUCAUUUCUGUUUGUUGAACGAGUUUCUCACGCUAGAAUCAGCCGGUGAUUUUACCGGGCUUCUCUUGAUCCUUCGAUAAGGAACCCGGGCCUCUGAACCUUAGGGAAUCUCUCUCUCUCUACCGGAUUCGGACAACUGGUUUUAUGGUUCAUUGUUAGGUAAGAAGGAAUUUGUCUCUAGGGUUCUAAUGAUGCUACUUGAUCUUUGCUUCACUGUCUCAAUAAGGCGUGCAGGUGAUGGGGCUCACACAGGGCCCCAAUUCAAAGCCCCUUUGGAAUGAUUAAAGCGUGACCGUGGGAAAGAGAAGCAUGCAAUUCAAAAAGAUGAGGGGCUUAAUUAUUUGGUUGGGUCCUCUCUCUAUACUUGAUGGAAUGGAUGCAUAAUGGGCUAAUUACAGUAGGAGUAAGAGUUGGAGAGAGAGAAUGUGUGAAUGAUUUUGAAGUCCUUUUUCAGGCUUGUUUUGUUGACCGAGCUUUCGAUCGUGUGAAAUCGAGGGCGGUAGGACCCCCAUCCUUCCAGUUGGGCCUGCUUGUUUUGUUGGUUUGGUUGGUUGGUUGGUUGGUAUGUUUGUAGUGGUUUUUUAUGCGUGUUAUGGUGGUUUUGUCAUAUUGUCUUUGCAGCGUGCUCUCGAGGAAUAGACCACUAAAAAUAAUAGGUUUUUUCAUUCUA